AUGCACUCGAUCGAAAAGGCCGGCCUCACCUCUCCGAACGACGCGCUGAGCGAGGCCGUCGCCCUCUCCGGCUGGCUCAAGGCGCUCUGGUGCCGUGCCAACAAUCUCGCGCCGGCUUGGGGCGAGAUCGUGGACCACGUCCUAGAGGCGAAGCCGACGCUCGCCGAGGACCCCGAUCGCCUCGCCAUAGAGCUUCGGUCCGGAUGGCAAAAGCUGCCGCUGCCGAAGUCGCUGCAGCGUCGCCUCAGGUCCAACCCGCCACCGCCGCCACCCGACGUGUCUGAUUGCGCAACGCUCUCGGGCGCGCCGCUGCGCAUCGGCUUGAAGGAGGUCUUGUCCCUCUUGGCUGCGCGCCUGGAGGCCGCCCACGAGCUCGACGGCAGGGCGUGCCCCGGCCUGCCUCCGCUGAUCGAAGUCAGCAGCCAGCAGCGCAAUCACGUCGGCCGCGGCCGCGGGCGUGUGGGCGCGCGCCAUGGCUGGGUGCAUGUCGAAGGGGCGUUCCCGGGUUUGCCGCUCGACGAGGUCUGCUCCAUCCUCUCCAAGGCGUGCAGCUGCAGUGUGACGCCCCGCCCGGCCAAGUACGAGGGUGAAGUGGCGCUCAUCCUCGCCGCGGUGCCUCCCGCGGACGAGCAGGCGGUCGAUGCCCUUGUCGGCGCUGGCAUGGCGCGCGCGUACAUCCUGCGCCACCCGCCAGAGCUGCCGCCGACGCCGGGGCAGCGAGGAGGGCGUGGCGAGCGGCGAGCGUCGCGCCGCACGGGAAACUGGGCACCUGCUGACCGCGCGGGCGAGCGAGGGCAGCAGGAGGCGGAGGAGGAGGAGAAGGCGCACGCCGGAGGCACGGCAGAGCCGGAGCCGGUGGAGGAGGGCCACGGCUGCAGCGACGGGUUUGCGGACGCCUCGCACGACAAGGGUGGUGCGAAGCGAGGGCCGGACCUGGGCUGCGGCAUGGCGGGCGACGACUUCAGCGCCUUCGUGUAG